AUGGGAUCCUUCUGGUUCACGUGCGCUUUCCUCUCGGUUGUUUGUCUUUUUGCUGUUGGCGCAGCAGAAGAGCUGACGGAAUCCCAGAAAAGAUUCACCGAAGUCGCAGCGAUCCUCAUCGACAACAACUACGCUGUGUGCGUCGAGAUCAAUCUUAAGGAUGUUACGGAUGAGAACGUUUUGGAAAGCGAGAAGACUAAAUGCAGAUUGACGACGCUCGAAGAUCUCGAAGUUCUGAAAGCGCAAUUCGCGAAUCUGCAGCCGGAUCACGAGGCGGAAUUCACGCAACUCUUCGAGAAGACUAAAGAAAGUAUUGAUAAUAAAUUCAAGGGGGCUAAUAGGAAGGGUCUCAUCACGAAUUUGAUUGGCGGCGUCAGGAAUCUGGUGGACACGGCUCUGAUUAAACCGACGAAACUUGGUUUGUUGAUCAUAGAUGAUAUCUGGAAGGCUUUCGUUCCCAAAUUGCAGAGACCGCUCGUGACGAAGGUCGAUGAUAAAUUCCGUGGAUACGCGCAGAAAGAGUCCGGAGAUCCGAUCAUCAUCGUCGGUGAUAAAGUCGAGUGCGAUGCGACUUAUGUGGUCGCCUUCCGCGAUGCCCUGCAGGAUCUCAUUUCUGACUCUCUGGAAAGGUACAUCCUGAAGAAGGGUCGCAAGGCUCGCGAUCCCAAGAACAUAGCGAAGGAGAAGGAGUACAUCUUGCUGAAGGUGGAUGUCUUCAAGAAGGAAACCAUUGAUAAACUGACUAUCUGCGAAGGAUUGGUCGUUGGCAUUCAAUCGAUUGAGGACAAUCUCGAGAAAGAGCUACAGUCGAUCAUUGAGAAAGCUGUCUUCUUGUAAAUACAACAAUUAAACGAAAUUCGAAUUUAAACGAA